AUGUCAGCAGCAGAGUAUGGAAACCUGAGAGCCGUGAAGGUUCUGCUGAAGAGGGAGGGUGGCAUGAAAACGGAUGAUGGGAAGACCGCCCUAAUGUAUGCAGCACAGUAUGGGCGCCGCGAGUGUGCGGAGGCUCUACUGGACAAGGAAGGCGGGAUGAGGGCCAACAGUGGGUGGACUGCCCUCAUGCACGCAGCCGACAACGGUUGCUCGGACUGCGUGAGGCUUCUAGUAGACAAAGAAGACGGCAUGAAGACUAACAAUGGAUGGACAGCGCUCAUGCAUGCAGCGCAGAGUGGUCACCUGGAGUGUGCGAGGCUCCUGAUGGACAAGGAGAAAGGCAUGCAGACCACCCGCGAGUGGUUCGGCUUCCCGCCCGGCACCACCGCCCUCGACAUCGCAAGGAGGCAUGGCCACGACGCAAUCGCCUCUCUCCUCGAGUAA